AUGUUUUUGCUUGCUUUUUCCUUUAGUCGGGUAGUGAUUGUGAGUACGGUAAGAUCACAUCAUAAAAAACAUAUUGAAGAUGAUAGAAGAAGAGAUAGAGGAUUGAUCUUUGAAGCUCAAAGGUUUAAUGUCACUCUUACUAGACCUAAAGAGCUAUUAAUUGUAGUUGGUAAUGCUGAAACAUUAACGGUUGAUCCAUAUUGGAGAAGUUUUUAUCAUUUUACUAGAAGAAUGGGUGUUUAUGAAGGAGCUCCAGUCUUAGGAUUAGGAGAGUCGGUAGCUGAUGUAUCUGUUUUAGAAGAAAGAUUUCAUCGAAAUAGUUAUGAAUCUUUUGAAGAAAAACUUAAUCAUGGUGAUCAAUUGAUAGGAUUAGAUGAAGAUGAGAAUGGGAUCGAAUCAUUUGAUGUUGAUGGUAGGAUCUUGGUAGGAUCUGUGGCUAGAUUGGCUUUAGAAGAUUCAGGAUGA